CUCUCUCUCUCUCUCUCUCUCUUCCAUAAAAUCCGUAGUAGCGAAGUCGACGCCCUAGAAAUAUCCAAGAAGCUUCCUGUCUGUAUUUCUCUUUCUCAUCUUCUGUCUUCACGAGCUACUCCUGUUGCUUCCCUCCUCUUCGAAAUCUUCUCCCCGCCGUUGACGGAAGAACAGCCGCGAUUCCCCGCUAUUGGAUUCUGAUUUCGGAAAAUCUCGUCUCCGUUCUAUUACAAGAACAAGCAUGUUGUGUUGCUCCCACCGUAUACUUCCUCUCUGAUAAGUUUCCAACUGGAGCAAGACAAGAAAUUUAAAAUAUGAGGUUCUUAGGGAUGCGGUAGCAUUUUCUAGUGGUAAUACUUUCAUCAUCCUUUGUAUUCCAAAGGUUUAUUCACCAUAUUGGACACCGUAUUGCCAACAAGCCAAAGCUAUGAACUACCCAGAGGAGAGAUUUGUGAGGUUUCAGGAUUGCAGUUCAGAGAGAUCUUCAACUCAUGAAAGGAAAUUUUCUGCAGAAGUUGGAUUACUGUCAGGAAAGAUUAGAAGAACAAUAAGCUCACUAUCAGAGAGUGUCCGAAGAGGCUUUGAAUGGGGAUCUGAUGGGAUUAAAAGCAUCAGGAAAUCAUUUCGCGUUCACUCACCAAGAGAUUCACCCAUCAAGGAUGUGAGCUCUUGGAAGAUUCUUGAUCCUCAGGGAGCAUUUCUUCAGAGAUGGAAUAAAAUAUUUGUUUUGUCAUGUGUGAUUGCUGUGUCCAUGGACCCAUUGUUCCUUUACAUCCCAUUCAUCAAUGAGGGGAAAUGCCUUGAUUUGGAUCACAAGCUGGUAAUAGCAGCUAGUGUUCUGCGUACCUUCACCGAUGUAUUUUAUGUACUUCAUAUUUUCUUUCAGUUUCGCACUGGUUUUAUUGCUCCUUCCUCUAGAGUAUUUGGAAGAGGUGUGUUGGUAGCAGAUAGCUUAGCAAUAGCCAGAAGAUAUCUAUUACCAUACUUCCUAAUUGAUGUCCUCGCAGUUCUUCCAAUCCCUCAGGUUGUUAUUUUGAUUGUAAUACCCAAAUUGAAAGGGUCAGCACCACUGAAUGCAAAAAACCUGCUGCAGCUUGUUGUUAUACUCCAAUAUGUACCCAGGCUUCUCCGAAUCAUUCCUUUAUAUAGAGAGGUCACAAGAUCAGCUGGUAUAAUCACGGAGACGGCAUGGGCUGGAGCUGUUUUUAAUCUCCUUCUUUACAUGCUCGCAAGUCAUGUAAUUGGAGCUUUUUGGUACUUGCUUGCAAUAGAACGACAAGAUACAUGCUGGCGAGUUGCUUGUAAUGAUAAUAAAGAUAAAUGCUCAAUCGAUUCUUUAUACUGUGGAGGAAAAAGUACAAGAAGUGACCCCACCCUUCUUUCUUCUUUAUGCCCUAAAGACUCGGAGAAUAAAACCCGUUUUGACUUUGGAAUAUACUUUUCUGCGCUCCAGUCUGACGUUGUCGUAACGAGAGAUUUUCCAAAGAAGAUCUUUUACUGCUUUUGGUGGGGACUACAGAGUUUGAGCUCUCUUGGCCAGAACCUGAAAACAAGUACUUAUGUUGGAGAGAUUUGUUUCGCGGUGUUCAUUUCUAUCUUUGGCCUGGUGUUGUUUUCACUUCUCAUUGGCAAUAUGCAGACAUAUUUGCAAUCAACUACUGUGAGAUUGGAAGAAAUGAGGGUGAAAAAGCGAGAUGCGGACCAAUGGAUGUCUCACCGCUUGCUCCCCAAUCACUUGCGGGAACGUAUCCGUCGACAUGAACAGUAUAAAUGGCAAGAAACGAGAGGGGUCGAUGAAGAGCAUCUGAUCCUUAAUCUUCCCAAGGACCUUAGGAGGGAUAUAAAGCGCCAUCUCUGCCUGGCUCUGCUCAUGAGGGUCCCUAUGUUUGAAAAGAUGGACGAGCAACUAUUGGAUGCCAUGUGCGAUCGACUCAAGCCAACCCUUUACACAGAAGAGAGUUGCAUCGUCCGUGAAGGCGAUCCGGUUGAUGACAUGCUCUUCAUAAUGAGAGGAAGGGUGGAGAGCGUAACCACCAACGGUGGGAGAACUGGCUUCUUCAAUUCGGAUUUUCUCAAGGCAGGAGACUUCUGUGGAGAAGAGCUCCUCACAUGGGCGCUUGACCCUCAUUCCUCUUCUAACCUCCCAACUUCGACCAGGACGGUGCGGACGCUAUCUGAGGUAGAAGCCUUUGUUCUCAAGGCAGACGACUUGAAAUCUGUUGCAUCCCAAUUCCGGAGGCUUCACAGCAAGCAACUCCGGCACACCUUCAGGUUCUAUUCGCAGCAGUGGAGGACGUGGGCUGCCUGUUUCAUACAAGCAGGUUGGCGUCGGCACUGUAAGAAGAAACUCGAGGAGUCUUUACAUGAGGAAGAGGAUAGACUACAGGCUGCACUGGCGAAGAACAGUGUCAGCUCACCCAGCCUCGGGGCCACCAUUUAUGCAUCGCGGUUCGCUGCUAAUGCAUUACGGGCACUGCGCCGCAAUGGCACGCGCAGGGCCCGUGUGCCAGAAAGAUUGCCCCCGAUUUUGCUCCCGAAGCCUGCGGAGCCAGAUUUUACGGUUGAAACUGAACAUUAGUUGUUCCUUUUGUACUAUUAUUACUUUAGUUGCUUCUUUCCUAUCAAAGUAUCGGUCGUAUGUAAGAUUGUUGUUAUGGUUUGUGUGUAAAAUGUAAAGCCAAAAAGUGAUCUUCAUAUUA